AUGUCCGACGCGAUUCCCUCUACCAGUGCUGGCCCAGAUACAAUCGAAAGGUCCCUUCCCUCAAACGCCGAAGAUCGAAAAGCCGCUGCCGCUCUUUCCUCCCUCAACACAAAUGACAUCACGACGGAGGGUGCCUCCGCCGGGGCACCGCUUACUGCAAGCCAAGAGGCCCUGGGAAAGGCUAUGAGUCGGCUUGAGAUAGCUGCUGGACAAGAAUCGGACAACAAAAAGCUGGCUAAAAGACCAAAAACGGACGAAGUUGCGAAAAAGCAAACAGUCAAGGUUGCUCCAGCUGACGUUACACUGCUGGUUGACCAGCUGGAUGUAAAUAAAAUCAAAGCCACGGAGUUACUCAAGGCUCAUGAUGGGGAUGUCGCCAAGGCAAUGAAGGCAUUCAUUGCCCCAUCUGUUCAAGUGUGA